CGCCCUAUGCUUUUGGGCAAGAAAGACAAGACGCAAUGUUUUUGGAUUUUUUGAAUUUUUUUAACGCCGAAUUGAAGGUGACAUCUAAACUGAUGAAAAAAAAAAAGAGUUAUAUAAUGAUGAAACCGGAUGCUUUAAAUCUGGUAUAGAUGAAUUUGAAAUAGACCCUGAAAUGAUCAGACAGCAAGUCUUUGAUCACACACUGUCAGAAAUCCUGGAUAUUAUGGAUGAUCAAAUAUAUCAACUGGCAGAGCAUGAUUUAAGUUUGGAUUACAUAGUAUUGACUGGUGGCUUCAUCCCAAAUUAUUAUUUAUUUAGGAGCAUAAAAGAAAGAUUUAGUAUGCAGGUUAAAGAAGUAAUCUCUCCCAUAAACGGGGCAGCACUUACAUUAUCUCGCGGUGCCACCUAUUCUGUUCUAUUAGACCCUUAUGAUGAAGCAACACACUCUCCAUAUCUUCCCGCACACCUCCCCAACAAUAAGGUACUUAUAAUGAAUACCGAUGAAGCAAGUCUCUCGAACGAUUCCAUGCGUAAUAAGCGUCGAUUUGUUACAAUAGGAAUAGAUUUUGGAACGACCUUUUCAACAGCAAGUUAUGCAUUAACGGGAGAAGAUAAACAUACGGAUGAACCUCUUGAUAUUAUUAAAUGGCCGAAAAAUUCACUCAAUUUAAUAGCAAAGGUACCGACAGCCAUACGAUACCAUUUAACGGAUCCCACAAUCUACAAGUGUGGCUUCGAAGCACUCUACAUAUCUCCUCACGAAGAGGACGAGUACGGGGAUGUGAUACGUCGAUUUAAGUUACACCUCAAAGAAGACAAAAACGAAUAUAUAGUAGACCCUUUACCACCUGGUCUUACGCCACUAAAAGUUAUUUCGGAUUAUUUAAAAUAUCUGCAUUCAAAUAUCUGCAGCCAAAUCCAGCAAGAUUCGAACUACACAUCCGAGGGCAUAAUGCAACGCAAGUUUCAGUACUGUUUAACUGUACCAUCUAAAUGGACGAAUAAAGCAAAGAUGAUUAUGCGAGAAGCAUUUACUAUAGCUGGUAUGAUAAGUAGGUAUGACCGUGUUGAUAGGCUAGUCAUUGUGAGUGAACCAGAAGCAACGGCACUAUACAUAGAAAAUAGAAAUGGCGAAUUUGAAUCUGGAGAUAUUAUAAUGAUCUGCGAAGCUGGUGCGGAAACACUCAACCUAACUACUUUUAAAAAGAACACUUUUGGUGGAGUAACCAAGCCAUUCCAAGAGAUUGUAACCGGCCAUGAAAUUCCUUUUGAAUCUGAAAUGUUUUUGGAAUCAAACUUUAAGAGUUAUAUAUGGAAUUUGUUGAAAGCGUUCGAGUAUAGUAUUAACUAUCACGAAUUGAAUAAUCUGGCAGAACAUUUUCAAGAUACAGUCAAGCCCGUAAUAUUUGAAGAUGAUGAUGAUGAUGACGAGGAAGAUGUUUUUCAGUUUCCCCUAGAUUUACCCGGCGCAGAAAUUGAAUCAGAAGGGUUUAACUUUAACGGACAAACGUUAGAAAUACAGGCUAAGGUUUUGAGAGCUCAAGUGUUUGACCCUUUAAUUGAAUAUAUAUUAUCAAUGAUUGAAUACCAGCUACUGCAGGUCGAGAGCUCAAAAUUGGAUUAUCUUGUGCUUAUUGGUAUAUUUGGGCAAACCAAAUAUUUAUACAGAAAAAUCAAGGAAAAGUUCGAUGAUGUAGUUGGUGAAAUUCUUGUGCCUGAACGUGGGGAGCGUGCAAUGGUACGAGGAGCAGUUUUUUACGGACUGGCAUCACUUUAAUUUCAAUGUCCACUUCCAAUUUUUGGAUUGGAAAUUCAACUUUUGGAACUCUCACCCUGACUACUUGCGAACAGUUUCUUUUGUCAGUAAAUUUUUGGUUGCAGAGGUGCAGUGUCUGGACAUUCCCUCAAGGUAGAAAGAGUGUUUAUACCCGUUUUGGGCUCAUAUCAAGUGUAAAGGAUGGGGCUUGGGUAAACGUGAGCGGAUUUUAUAAGAAGCAAUGAUAAACAAGGACGGG